AUGGAGUCAUCACACAAGCUUUUCCAGGCCAUUGCCAUCCUCCUCCUGCUCCUCGUCGCCACUGAGGUGGUGCCAGCGCAGGCACGAGAGUGUGAGACAGAGAGCGAGCGGUUCAACGGGCUGUGCUUCGUGUCCGCAAACUGCGCCGGUGUGUGCGGUGCGGAGGGGUUCACCGGCGGCAAGUGCUCCGGCUUGAAGAGGAGCUGCAUGUGCACGAAGGAGUGCUAG